AUGGACAGCACGAACCCGCCCAACGGCUGGCCGCAUCACCGCAUCCCCAAGGUACGAAUCGAUGCCCACGCACCGCCAGCCGCCCAGACUGCGAGCGAGCCGCCGCCGCUAACCGGCCCACAAAGACUGACCGUCCUGCCCACACAGAGAUCUCACGACGAUAUGCAGCGCGGCCACCGCGAGAGCUCCGGCCAAGCAGCCCUUCGCCGCCCAGCGUCCUUCCAGCACCGCGCCAACUCUCCACCCUCCGUCAGCUCCACUCCGCCGCUGCACGCCCCACAACACCCGCAGACUUCCGGCCUACGCCUUCCUCCCCUGCUCCACCGCUUUGCCGGCGACGGCUUUGACUUCAGACGGCCUGCCAUGUCCACACCUGCCGCUUCGAGCCACCACGCGCCAGCGGACGUCAUAGACCUCACCUCCGAAGAUGAUCCCACGCUGGCCAACCCGUCGACAGUGCCAAUCGCCCCGCCGAUUCAAUCAGCCCGAGCCUCACGUCCACCGCGGUUUGCUCGAGAGAUCAUCGACCUGUCGGACGAUACGCCUGCUCAGCCGCCGCCGAACCCGCCAGCUCGAAAUGCGGCCCCCUCGAGCCCCGAGGUCGAGUUCGUCUCGUCGCGCGCCAUUCCGGGGCGAAGACGAACACCCGCCACGGCCGUAGAUCUCACCGACGCCGAAGACGACUUCGAGUUCGAGGUGCUGUUUACCGACUUGGGGACGAGACACGGCGUGAACAGGGCACCUCCUGGCGACGGAGGGUUUAGGACGCGCAGUCGACGGAACAGCCCGGUGCACCGGCGACUCAUGCACAUACUCGGUGAGCGCACGUCUGUCCAGCAGCACCAGCAGCACCAGUGGAGGGAGCGGCGAGAUCAGCAUGACACGCGUCCGCGGACGUCGCAGCGGGCGCCCUACAUUCAGCGGCUAAUUGGACGUGAUCCAGAUGGCCUCCUCGAGCUCAACGCCGGCGCUGCGGGCUUCCUCGCGCCAGGCGUCAUGAACUACGGCGCAGCCGCCUUCGACCUCGGGCUUGAGCGCGAGAGCACGCCGACGUAUGAAGCUCCGCCCAAGGCUCCGCCCGGAUUCACGCGGUCGCCGGCGGAGGGAGAUGUCAUAACCUGUCCCAACUGCGAUGCGGACCUGUGUGCGGGCCCGGAAGGAGGCGAAAAGAGCCAAGUGUGGGUUAUCAAAGCAUGCGGCCAUGUGAGUGCACCUUUAGCCACAUCAUUGGCGAUUCGGCCGAUAUGCUUUCAUAGAGCUGAUUUUGAUGAGCACGACGGAAAGGUAUAUUGCGGCGAGUGCGCAAGGAACCGACACGCGUCAAAACGCAAAGGCAAAGAGCCAGCCGGCUCGGGUAGCCGCCUACCGAAUCCUUUCCAGAAGUGUGUGGUGAGAGACUGCGGCAAGAAGUGCGCAGCACGAACAGCCAUGGUCCAGUUGUUCUUAUGA